UCUGGUCCCAGGCCACAGGGGGCUCCCCGCAGAGACUGAGCCGAGAAGGGAACCUAUGCCUGCAAGUGGUUCUGGUGGUUCAGGGUCUGGUACGGCUUGCCCUUGAUAUUGACACUCCAUCUCUUACCCCACCCAAGCCUCACACGACGAAACGGGAAUUAGAGUUGGUAUUCAAAUCUUUGGCCGCAGUACAGACAGGCAUCCCUAUAAGCACAGAGCCAUCGAUGUGAGCUUCUUUUAUUUCCUCGAAGUUGUUCGACGUGGUAGCUGCUGUCAUUCCACUUGCUGGGGAAUUCUUGAAGAGAUUUUGCUUGUCUUUCCAUGCGGUUCUCUCUGUGGUUUGUUUCUUUUUGUGAUCAAGUUCCAGAUGGCUCAACAGUGCCCUCCAAAUGAAUAUUUUGACAGAUUGCUGAAUGCUUGCAAACCGUGUCACCUUCGGUGUUCUAAUACCCCUCCUCUCAUAUGUCAGCGUUAUUGUAAUACAGUGAAAGGAACAAAUGCCAUUCUCUGGACCUGUUUGGGCCUGAGCUUGCUGCUGUCUUUGACAGUUUUCGUGCUGAUGAUCUUGCUAAGGAAGAUGAGCUCCGAACCAUCAAAGGACAAAUUUAAGAGCACAGGAUCGCCUCUCCAGAACAAGGCGAAUGCUGACCUGGAUGAUAGAAAAGCCAGCAGGACCGGUGAGGAAAUUCUUUCCAGAAGCCUGGAGUACACAGUAGAAGACUGUACCUGUGAAGACUGUGUCAAGAGCCAACCAAAGGUCGAUUCUGACCAUUUCUUUCCACUGCCAGCAAUGGAGGAAGGCGCAACCAUCCUUGUCACCACGAAAACGAACGGCUACUGCAGUGGCCUGCUCGCUGCUGAGAGUCUCACAAGGAUGGAGAAAUCCAUUUCCACCAGAUAAUUAACCAUUUGGAGUGAUGCAGAGCUACUUUGAAAAUGUUUUGGCAGAGGAAAGGAUGGGGUAUCAGGUGUCUUUAGGAUGACUGUUAUCAGUGGCCGAUAGAGCUUUCUGUCCUCUAAUUCUAGAAAAUCAUUAUGUUCGAUAUAUUUCUCUACCUUACUGUUGGGAGCUUAACUGUGGAAACUUCAUUGGUUUCAAUGAUUAAAUUCUUGACUCACUGAAAAAAA